CAGGGCUGAGGUUUGUGCUGAGCGAGCGCUUCACACCUUAUAUACCCUCUUAAAUCUUUAGUGUUUUGGUCCUCUUCGUCUUCCUCCUCCUCCGGUCACGUUCAGUGUAGGUGAGAGUCUCCGCUGCUCCGCUUCGUCUCGCUCCUUCCUGCACGCAGAGGUUUCGGGCAACAGACAGGGUGACCGCCACAAAACGCCAACAUGUCUGAAGGAAAGAAAAUGAAUUCCAGCCGCCGGCAUCACCUGAAGAGUCUGAUCCUCUCCAUCGCCGCCGGCUGGAUCGAGCAGGAGAAGAAGGACCUGGUGGUGGCCAAGGCGGCCUACAUGGCCGAGAACUGCCCCGAACCGGUGCUCAGCGGAGACCAGGCCGCCCUCAUGGAAAUUUGCAAAAAGCUGUAUCAGGCGAUCGACAAGGUGGACGAGGCGAGGUACGACGCCGAGGCCAAAGUUAAGAAGUCGGAUGCAGAGAUUGAUGAUCUGAAGCUGAAGGUGGUGGAUCUGGCCGGUGUGAAGAAACCCGCCCUGAAGAAAGUGCGCAUGUCCGCCGACGCCAUGCUGAAGGCUCUGCUGGGGGGUCAACACAAGGUCACCAUGGACCUGAGGUCCAACCUGAAGCAGGUCAAGAAGGAGGUCAAAGAGGAGACAACCGAUGCGGGCGACUGGCGUAAGAACGUCGAGGGCAAGGCCGACAGGAAGAAGAUGUUCGAGACUUCCUGAAAACCUCCCGACGGACGACGGCGGGGGAAACAUCUCCGACCGAGGUCUGAGUGACUGAAAGUGUCUCCGUGUUCCCGAUGGACGACGGCAGUUUAGGGAGUUUUUUGUUGUUUUGUAUUUUUUUUUGUGAUACCGUCGCCCCCCCCCCCCCCCCCCCCCCCCCCCGAGAUACUUAACCGACACCAAGUAACGGCUACAUGUACUCAGUUAAAAGCCUAAAACCAUAAUUUCAAAAUGUACAGGUUUUCAUGAGAUAAUUAGAAAUAAAUGUUUUGAAAUCAGAAA